GGACCCCCCGGUCGCGCUGCCCCAGCCAUGAACUGCCGCGCAGAGGUUCUGGAGGUGUCGGUGGAGGGUCGGCAGGUGGAGGAGGCCAUGCUGGCGGGGCCCCACACCAAAAACGUCCUGCUGCACCGCAGCACCGGCAAGUUCCACUACAAGAAGGAGGGCACCUACUCCAUCGGCACCGUGGGCACCCAGGAUGUGGACUGUGACUUCAUCGACUUCGCCUAUGUCCGCGUCUCCUCUGAGGAGCUGGACCGGACCCUCCGCAAGGCCGUCGGGGAGUUCAAGGACGCGUUGCGCAACUCGGGCAGCGAUGGGAUGGGGCAGAUCUCUCUGGAGUUCUACCAGAAGAAGAAGUCGCGCUGGCCCUUCUCGGACGAGUGCAUCCCCUGGGAGCUGUGGACCAUCAAGGUGAAUGUGGUGAACCUAGCUAACGAGCAGGAGCGGCAGAUCUGCCGGGAGAAGGUGGGCGAGAAGCUCUGUGAGAAGAUCAUCAACAUCGUGGAGGUGAUGAACCGCCACGAGUACCUGCCCAAAAUGCCCACCCAGUCAGAGGUGGACAACGUCUUUGACACCAGCCUGAAGGACGUGCAGCCCUACCUGUACAAGAUCUCCUACCAGAUCACGGACUCCCUGGGCACCUCGGUCACCACCACCAUGCGCCGGCUCAUCAAGGACACGCUGGCUCUGUAG